UGCCGAAUUUGUGCUGUGGCUAAUCACUAUCCUGGGGGAAGGCUGACUGUUUUGGUAGACAAAGUUGCAUCUGGCUUUCCAAAUAGCCCAACAGGUGAAGCUAAUCAUGCGGGGUUGCGGUACAACUUGACUCGUGAGGAAGAGUGUCGGGUAGCACGCAUCAGAGGUUGCUGGCGGAAUCGCAACUUGUUGGACUUCCGUCUCCUUAGCGGGUGGGAGUUGUUGGUGGCUCAACAAUUGACGCGUGCCGUUGGUAAGUAAUCUCAGCUGUAUCGUACCUUUGGUGAGGUUGUCCCAUGCUAACUGGCCUGGCACUAAUUUUUGUAGAGACUCCGCCGGGAAACAAGGCUAGCCGCGACGCAUUUGCAAAAGCCAUGGACCGCGCUGAAAUCGACAACUUCCUUGAAGCCAUGUAUGCUUCCGGGAUGGCGGCACAAAAGACGGUGGUGGACCCAGAGACACUGGCGCUGAGCCAGUCAGAGGUUCCUGUGGUGCUGCCAAUGCCGCACCACUCCCAUCUUGGUGGUGAUGGGCUGCCCGCCGUUCAGGCGGGGACCUGCGGGGCGAGUGAAGCGGCGCCGAGGAAAGAGAGGGCGCCGGCCCUGCGGCGCGGCAUGGCGAAGAAAGCGGUGCGCCCCACAGAAUGUGUUACCAUAGCGGGGUUGGCGCCGCCGGCGGGGGGUUUGAGGCCUGCCGUUGCUGGGAGCACGCGGGUGCUCCAGCGAAAACGCCGCCAGCCGGACUCCGGUGGGGAAGAGGAGGAAGUGGAGGUAACGGGGGCCCGAGAGUAGCCGAAGAAAUCGAGGCAGGCCCCGCCUGAGGCUGUUGCUGACGUGGCGAAAGAGGUGGGUGCGAGCGGCCUGGACUCGUUUGCUGCCUACGCCGAGUUCCUCAACGACGGUGAGCGGGACUUCCUGUAUCACCUCUGCGAGCGGCUGGGGUUCGACGGCCUGGAAUGAAUUGUUCGGUCGACCGCUGUCAGCGAGUCGCCCUUCAGCACAGCCUUUGGGCACGUCGCCGUUGGGCUUCACGAGAUGUUCCAGGCGGCGUCCAAGCAGCCCCUGGUUGAGAGGGAGCUGAGGGAGGAAGUGGCGAGCCUCCAGAGGGACUUGGGGAAGACCCAGGAGAAGUUGGCUGACGUCGAGCGACGUCUGACAAAGGCCGACUGUGAUGCGGCGGAUGCCAGGGGCAAGCUGAACGUUGCUAUUGAGCGGCACCUGGAUCAGAAUGAGCAGUAUGCGAAGCUGGAGCAGGAUAUGUCUCUGGUGCGGGACCGGGUGACCACGAAGGAGAAGAAAAUUGAGAUCCUUCAGCGGGAGUCUGCCGCUAAACAAGCGGAAAUCAAGCGGCUGGAGGGUGAAGUCGCUCGCUUGGAGGCUGAGGGAAGCCGUGCUGCGGCUGCCGCUGUUGAAUCGUACAAGCAGUCGGCGGAGCACAAGAAAGCGUUGAACGACGCAGCCAAGGCCGGUGCCCUGGCCAAUGUGGAGAUGUUGCGGCAGAAAGGCGCCAUUGACUGGGCGAAAGCGGCAAUGCCGGUCGUGCAGCCAAGUAAGGAAGCGCCGCCGACAACAAGUACCGCUCCUACUGCCGCCCCUGGUCCCGGAGUCCGCUUGGGUAGCGGGGAGAGUGGCGAGCCUCCAAAAGGCGACUCCCAACGGACGCCUACGCAGUCCGAGGCGUCCCGCGCUGGGUUCUUGGCGGCCCACACCUGGGCGGAUGGCACAAUAGAGACUCCCAGUCCCACAGCCCGAGGGUCCGACCAGACGAGCCGCUCCCAUCCUCCGCAGGCCGCCGGUGGAACUGCUGAAGGUAGCGGGGCCGACCUGACAAACCCUGCCAACCCCGCCAACCCCUAAAUAGGAGUAGGAAAGUUUUUUUUUUUUUGUAGCCGCUGAGGCAUAAAUGAUGUAACUUAGUUUGAGAUCAAUGAAAUUUGCUGGCACCCAAAUUCCUAGUGUUUCUUUUUGUUUGUGAUAAUGUGUGUGCCGCUAGAGGUCUUGAUACUUGCUUUUGGUCAUGAAUGAAACAUUAAAGGAAUUAAAAUUGGUCCAAGUGCACAAUGUAGCCGACGUAGUCCGCUGACUGGCGUUGCGAGUUGCCCUCAGUGCUAGACUUGGGAACAAUGGUUUGAAUAAUUCCUUGUUUCAUUGAUAGCUGUCUGAACAGCGACUUGGUACCAACCU